AUGUACUGCCUGCAGGUAGCGGUUGCAGUGCUACGUUGUGUGCCGAAUGCAUGGAACACCGGCAACGAGCUCGCUGGAGAAAUAAUGGAGGAGUGGGAGGACGGGACCGAGGAAGAGGAUGAGUUUGCGUAUGUUCACUACGCUCAAACGGCGAAGAGGAGACGACUACAGCAGCAGGUUGAAGAAGGCGGCGGGGCUGCAGCGGCGGGCGACGUGCCGCAGCCGCACCAGCAGCAGCAGGAGGGCAGCAGUAGCAGCACCGACGCCUUUCGCGGCCACCACUGCCCCAUAUGCUUGGGUCUUGUCGAGGAUUCGGCGAUGAUCGGGUCGUGCCGGCACUUGUAUUGCAAAGUGUGCUUGUUUGAGUGGCUCAAGGCCUCCGAUCGGUGCCCCCUAUGCAAGGUCACCGUCUCACGAGUACUCCACGAGAUCAAGUCUCCCAAGGACUACGAGAUUCACACGCAUCUCGCUGUCAAGGAACGUGGCGGGGGGAACGCGGAGGGGUCUUUGCCGUCGCCUCCGGCAGCGGGCGGCACUGCGGCCGAGACAUCUGGGCGCGGCGGGGGGGUAGACGAGGGCGCGGGAGCGAGUUGGGGUGCCGCGGUUGUUGACGGCAAGAAGGGACCCGAGUUCCGGUCCCUGGUGUACAGAAGGGGAUUGGCGGCGGAGCCCCCCGAAGAGAAAGCGAGGCGGCCAAAGCCCCUGGACCAGCUUCGAUCGUGGAUCGCCAGGGACGUUCAAGCGGCGGCUCCGGGCACCAGGGGCGAGGGGGAGAUGGACACUCGGUUGGUGGAGGAUAUCGUGAGGGCGCUGCUGAAGGAAAACGAUGUUGACACACAAGACGGCUACUGCACCGUUAAGGAGCAGUUGCAGGGCUUCUUGUUCGAGAACACCGCGCCCUUUCUGCACGAGUUGUGGUGCUUCAGGUGGAGCAAGGCCCGCAUGCCUGCUUACGAUCGUGAAGCGGUGUACAGGCCGAGACCGACACAGGGAUGACGACUGACAUAACGUGGCAUCGUUGCUUUGUAUGUCGAGCCAAGCGUAACUGUCCUCAUAAUUCUAGGGUUGGGACCAAGAGAUAAAUUAUGGCUCCUCACGGGGAAGAGGAGAGCGCUUUCACCGACCAAGAUUCAGCAGUCAGGUCUCCAAGCGAAGUCCGUCAAGGCCUUGGUGCAAAAAAGGUUUGAGAUUGGUUGAAACCAGUUCGCCGGAGGACGAAGUACAACGCCUCAUCUUGGUGUUUUGAGGGGGUCGACCCUCCGUGGAAAACGACUGUGGCCAGGAACAUCAGGACACACUGCGAACUCUUGUGCUCCGUUUUCUUCGACCUCUUGCGUGGCGUAACCUAGGUGGUCUCAGAAUCGCGGGAAUGUUUUGCAUGAAAUUGAGCAGCGUUUUCGUUUUUUCCGACACUAGCGAUGGAAGGAACGAAUGAAGUGAUACUGCUGUGAUACCGAUACCGAGGUAUGUAGUCGCAACUGAUUGAAGGUGCCGUUCUGUAUUGUCGAGGACUGAUAAUGCUCACAUGUUGACCUUUCAAAGCACGUCUGUCUUGACGGGACGAAAAAUUCGGUAACUGUUGGCGUGUUUGCUAGAUUGCCAUCUACCGUGCCACCCGCCCGACCAGUUUCUCUGUGU